CUUUUCAUUCAUAAACAGACAUAUAGCUUCAUUAUGUCAGUUUAUGAAUGAAAAGCUACUCUGUUUACAUGAAAAUGUAAUGCUAACAGACUCACAAAGUUGCUUCCUUCCCGCUUGAUGUUGCCGUCAAACUAUUCAUUUAAGGGAAGCAUGUUUUAUUUUUUGAAUUUUUAUUUCUAUUUUCAGUGGAGAUACUGAAGCCAUUUCUUGGCUACUUGCCGUCACCAGAAAACCAGUAAGUUUCAUAAAGUAUUUUAAGUUUUUGAUUAAAAAAUGUCUGUCUCCAAUAAUUGCUAAGAAGACCUGGUACACAUGCUCUGGCAACGUCAUGCUAUAGACUUCUGAAGGAUUAUAUUGGAGGUUGUGUAGGAGGCCAUCGUCAAGAAGUGACACAAUGGGAAAGCCAUUAAGUCGUCCCGGCUGCUUACGGCAGAGCCCUUGUUGUUCGAAAAAAGGGGAUGACAGAGAGGGCUACAAUGAAGAUGGGUAUAUCCCUCAACGCUCCAUUUAUGACACAAUGUGCAUCAAUGAACAGAUCGACCACAGUUCGGCACACAGCACUCUGGGUUCAAGAAGGGGUCGAGAAAAUGACUUCUCCAGUAAUGGUUCCCUGGGAGCAGGUGGCGACAUGUUUGACACAAGGUCUUCUGUGCUAGGCAGCAGUGGCAAAAAACUGGAUGAGAGGUUCAUUUUUGAUUCUCUGAAAUUAGCAAAUGAUGAACUGAGCAAGUCACCAAGAGGGUUUGUGAGGUCAGCGUCCCCCAGUGUAUCCUGCAGCUCGGCUCCAAGCGGAUCCAUGAACAAGCGGCAUCACCAGGACAGUGGCAAGAAGGACAACCUCUGCCGCCACUCCUGGAAGGUUUUGUCUCCACCAAAGUUCCCAGAAACAUUUGAACACUCCCCAGGAGAAAAGACCUACUUAAACCCAGGAGUUGCCUUCUUUCCAAACAGCUUCAACUCCCCACAGAUUUCACCCUUCUCUGGAUCCCCUUUUUCCACUGGUACACAUACACCUUCUGUGUUCUUCUCUCCCUCUCCAUUGCCUUUCCAUCAGCAGUUCAACAGGCCGUCUUUACCCACCCAAACGUCUUUACCAAGACCACCUCUGUCAGAGUUAUCUGUAAGUGCCCUGAUGUGUGGUCAAGAAGAUCAAGACAAACUAGAGAUUGGCCAAGUUAUGAGGAACAAUGGGGGCAUGGCAAAAGAUAAUCUGUUUCUGACUUUUAAACCCCAGAACACUGAACCUGAGAAAGAACCGCCACCAACCACCCCAGAACCUGAAGCAGACACUACGCCACUUCUGCGCUCCCAAACAUCAAAAAGACCUGCUGUCUCCCCUACACCGAUGGAGUCCACCUGGCCCCGGCGACUGAUUGGAAGGAGGAGGACAGUAAGACAAGGUGGUGCAGUACAUAACCUCCCAAUUCUUCCCCCACUACCCUCUCUGCUAAUCCGGAGUGUCUCUGACAAAAAGACCAUUCCUCGUCUUUCACCGUUCCCCGAGCACCAAGGAAAUGGGGAUGGGCAGCUCGGCAAGUCUACAUUAACAAGAGAUUUGAAGGAUUGCUCUCUACAGGAAUGGAAGCUCUUGCGGGAUCAAGAAGAAUGUAAAGCUGAAGCAUCCAAAUUUGAGAGUGUGAUUCAGGAAGCUUUAGAAGAAGAGAGCAAAAUGGUGUUCAUACAGGAGAGCGUUGAGCCAGGCAUUGAUGAAAAUACCACUCCAGAAUGUGAGGAAGAGAACUGGGAAGCUGUGUUAGAGAUGGUUAAUUCACUUUGGGAUGAGACAUGGAAUGAAGAUUUGCAAAAUAUUGGCUCUCUAAGGCGCUGGCCUCUUUUACAUCCUCCAUCUGGGUUUGGUGGCUCACAAGCUCCAUCAGGUACAAGCUCAGAACUGGGUGCUGAAGAUAUGUUGGAGAUUGAGAGAAUGAACCAAAAAGUUGUGGAAAGCCAAGAUGACGACGAACCACAAUUUCAGUAUAAUUUACAAACAUGUGAAGGUGAAUGUAAUGUUAUUGUGACUCAGCCAGGGAGCCUUAAACUUGCUCAUGAAAAGAUCCCAACCAGUUUAGAUCUUGCCACCAUUGACGCCCAAACGGGAAACAAAUAUGGCCAUAGCGAGUCACCAGAUUCCAACCUGACGCUAGACUCAGAUUCGAGUGGUGUCUACAUGUCAAAUCCCAGCCAAACCAGUAGAGAGGACAUCACUUCUGAUAAUGACAGAGCUAUGUCAGAUCUUGGAAGCAUCACAUCUCUUAAUCAAGGGAUAGAGGGAAAAGUCAAUGUCAGAAAGACUGAGACAUACUCUUCAAUGCCAAAAGCAAAUAAAUUAGCAACUUUUAACAAAAAAGAUCCCGCUGGGCUGAGAGCUAAUAGCAUAGAGCUAAGAAGGCAAGCAUUUUGUAAAGAGAUUACAACUAAAGCUACAGAAAUAAAAGCACGCUUGAAACCUGUGGACACAGGAUCUCAAAUCCAAGAGAUUCAUAACACUGUGAACACAUCAAAGACUGAUGUGCCUUUACCGCUGUCCCCUUCCAAACAUGAAGCUAAAGAAACGUUAUUAGUCAAGAGCGAUGCAGAUUCAUUUGUUGCCACAGAUAGUUUUAUCUACCUGGCAGUGUCAGUGCUGCCCCCAACCACACAGGAAAACGUGACCAAACCUGCACUGGAGGAGCCUUUGCCUCCGACUUCCUUUGCCAAACCUUGCCCUUACCCUGAUGAAUGUGAUUUCCUCUCUACAGAUAGUUUUGUUUACCUGGCUGCUCCUGACUGCCACCUGCUGGUAACAGAGGGACAUUCGGUAUAUGACUACAAAGAUUCUGAAUCAGAGGACAGCAGUUCUAAGGCAGACUUUGUUCUGGCCUCGGCUGUAGGAGGAGAUAGCGACUGGGACUCAGACCUGACUGAUUCUGAAGCCGAGCCAAACUCUUCCAAGCCUGCGUGGGACUACUGGGAGGAGCUAGAGCAGGGGGUGCUGCCGGAGCUAUUCGGCGAGGACCAAUCGGAUGCAGACAAACUGCUCCAUGGCAACCAAGCUCAGCAGAUUUCCUGCCAGCCUGGGGAGUUGGCUGCUAUUGCUGUACAGGAGAGAGCUGAGUUGGAAGAGGUGUCCUCACAGUACACACAGGGGGCAGAGACACACACUGAGGUGAAGCCUGUAUCUUAACUCUUAUUACUGCACUGGCAAACCUAUUAUAUUAGAGCCCAUUUAAGAAUUCUAAACAUCAUAAACAGGUAUUUUAGUUUUUGUUUUCCUUUCUUUCUCAUUAUUUAAUAAUGUACAUGUUAUGACUCCAGCAUCUAUCAGUAUUCACAAUACAAUUUGGAUGUGUUCUUGAUAGCAGUUUUGUUGAAGCACAGUUUAAGUCUCUCUUUUAAGCUACAUUUCUGUUUUAAAGUUUAUGUCAUGGUGGACAGCUUUAUGGAUUUAUUGAGUUGUUAUUGAUUUCAAUGUUAUGUUGACCAGUAAGUAUUUAAGUUAACUGAUAUGUCUGGCUAUUAAUAGGUGAUUGUGGAUGCAAUAUGACUAUCAGAGAUCAAGCAUAGGAGCUUAAAAUCUAUUGCACACUAAUUUUAUGUCAAUAAUAGAUAAUCUAUUUGCUAUAUGCUGUGUGCUCUGUAUAACAAUAAGUGCUAUAUGUUACUGGGGUAAAUUUUAAAGAACUGAGUGUGAUAAUGUGCUGAAUGAUGAAUAGCAAAUA